CAGAGUCAGGCGCAAAAAAACGUUAACGAAAAAAGAAAAAAAAAAAAAAAAAUCACGGAAGAGAUUCGGCAGCGGUUCGAGUCUGACAAGUUUUUUUUUCUUUUGAGGUAGGCGAGGGAAGAAAGGGGAAAGGAACAAAUAGAGGUUUUACUGCAGCUACUGCGAACUGUCAGUCCGUGCUGUCCCCAUUUUAGGAGCGAAAGCAAAGAUGGAGGCAGCAAUUAAAACCGUGGUGAGUGUCUACCUGAAGUCAUCCAAGGGCAAGGAAAACCUCGGAGGGAAGGAGUUCCAGAGCCUCGUGAAGAACCAGCUGAAAAACAUUCUGACGGGCUCAGAGGACAAUGAGGCAGUCAAAAACAUGCGUCAACAGCUUGACAACAACCAGGAUGGGAAGGUCAGCUUCCAGGAGUAUAUGAAUCUGAUUGGCUAUCUGGCGCAGGCUGUCAGCGAACAGCGUUGUUUGGAAAACGAAACACAACCAGAGAGUUCAACCCAGGAGACGCAGGCUGAGGCGGCAGCCAAUGCACAGGCAGAGCCGGCAGCCAAUGCACAGGCAGAGCCGGCAGCCAAUGCACAGGCAGAGCCGCCGAAGGCAGAGCCACAGGAGGCAAAGGAGGUGGAGAAAGAAGACGAGCCAGUGGCCGAGGAGGCAGCGGCCGAAGAGCAGAAGCCAGAGGAAGAGAAAAAAACAGAUGUGGAACAGGAAGCGGUGAAAGUUGAAGAGAAGAAAGCUGAAGAGGAGAAUAAAACAGAGGAAGCAUCGUAGGAGCUCGAGGAAGUCGAGAUUGUCACAUCUCAAAUGCUUCUGUGUUUGUUUUGUUCGUCAUUUUCAUUAUUGUGAUAUUUGAAUACAUAUAUAUGAAACCUGGCCAAUACACUACAAUUUUUUUUUUACUGCAAAGAGCCGUAACCCUCUCAUUACAGUUUUUUUUUUUUUUUUACAAUGCUAGGACACAUUUCUCAAUACUUUUCAAAACUCUUCACACUGUUCUCCUUACCAACUUUCAGCUUGGCACAGCAGUAAA